AAAGAAAUAGUGUAGCGGCUGCAUUUAUGUUGAGAACUUGAGAUUUGUGAGCUGCUCAGCAAAAUGGGAUGGCAGAUGGCAGGCAACAGAAUGAGAUGAGAUCCGCAAUGGAGACGGCGGCGUUGUUGAAGUCAAAAUCCGAAAGCUUGAGCUUAGCCUUCACAGAGUCCGCGAACGGAGAGCUAGCUCCCUUGGACAUGUCGUCCCCGCCUCCUUCAGACAUCUCCCCCCGCACACACCUGAGGAGAUCUCCCAGGUUCACCGCUCUCAAUGCCACCGUGCCACGUGUUCGAAUGCGGAGGCUCACCCAUGCGGCUGAAAUCCGGCGCUCUUCCAGGCUCAACGCGGUCGCCGUUGGGGGCUGCAAAAAGAGAAAGCCGGGGUCUCAUUCUCAAUCUCAAUCUCAUGCUCGCCUUCUUAAGCAGCAAAGAUCUAGGGGUCCACAAUUACUAUCGAUUGCUGACACGAAGGACCAGAAAUCAGUUUUGGAUGGAAAAUGCAUUCAGGAAAAGAGCUGUAGGAGAUCUCCAAGGUUGACACCAACUUCUCAUUCUGAAUCAUCAAAGGCAAAGGACAACUUUGGAGCUGCAUCAAGCAAUAAGGAAUUCAUCAAGCUUUUCAAACAGUGUCAUGCGAAGCCAUUGAGGCAGUCUCCAAGAUUAAAUCCAUCUGGUGAGGCAUGUCUGCAACUGCAAGACGUGAAAAUGUCUGGUGGAAACCUUAGGAAAUCUCCAAUACUUCCAUCUUCAAGUGGCAGUGAAAACAUGGACGUCAUUUCGUUUCCAAGAAAAGAAAUUUCUAAAGUAGUUCACCAAAAGGACAAGGACACCGAACUUCCGAUUGAAUUUAAUUCUGAUUCACUAGUUAAACCGAAUUCUGAAGUUAAAACCAUCACAAGAAUCUCUCUUGAAAUUGAUGAUACAGAUUGCUUGAGAAGUUCCUCAGAGGUGGUGGAAAAUGGCAGAACGGGUCCUGAUUCCCUUGCCUUGCUAGAGUUUGAUGACAGCCCACCAAGAAAGAAAAAAAAAAAAGUGGCUUCUACAACGAUUGAAAUAAUGGACCAUAAAAGCAUUCCUUCAUUUGUUGGCAAUCCAAUACCAGAUGAUGAAGCUCAGAAAAGAUGGGGAUGGCGCUACGAAUUGAAGAACCAAAAUAAAGGCCAAAAGUUCAAAAUGAACGAGGAUGAAGAAGACGAGAUCAUUGUAAAUGUGAAAUGCCACUAUGCUCAAGCAGAAAUUGGUAAUUGCGUUUUCAGUCUUGGUGAUUGUGCAAUUAUAAAAGGUGACAUAGAAGAAAAUCAUGUUGGCAAGAUUAUUGAAUUUUUCCAAACAACUGAUGGUCAAGAUUAUUUUAGAGUCCAAUGGUUUUACAGAGUUCAAGAUACAGUAAUCCAAGAUGAAGGCAGCUUCCAUGACAAGCGGCGUUUAUUCUAUUCAUCAAUAAUGAAUGACAACCUAAUAGACUGCAUUAUAGCAAAAGCUAAUGUAACACUUGUAACACCUAGGAUUGAUCGGAGGUCGAUUUCUGUUUCACCAUCUGACUUCUAUUACGAUAUGGAAUAUUGUGUGGAAUAUUCUACAUUCCGCAACAUACCAGCAGAGGCCUUGGCAGUUUCCAAAAGUCCACCCGAAUCUGAGCCGCGGAAGACAGAAUUAUUACUACUAGAUCUUUAUUCUGGCUGUGGUGGCAUGUCAACUGGAUUGUGCUUGGGUGCCAAAGUUUCAUCAGUUAACCUUGUGACGAGAUGGGCUGUUGAUAGCAACAAGUGUGCAACUGAAAGCUUGAAACUAAACCAUCCAGAUACAUAUGUGAGAAAUGAAUUGGCUGAGGAUUUUCUGGAACUUUUGAAGGAAUGGGAAAAGCUAUGCAAACGGUUUAAAGGAAAUGAUACAGAAAGGACAUUACCAUUACGGUCAAAAGGCUCAGAAGGAGUAAAGUAAUUGUAAGGAAAGCAUACAGGAAUUUGUGAGAAAAGGGAUGAUCUCCAAAAUCUUGCCUCUUCCUGGUGAAGUUGAUGUUAUUUGUGGGGGCCCUCCUUGCCAAGGAGUUAGUGGAUAUAAUCGCUUUAGAAAUGUUGCUUCACCAUUGGAUGAUGAAAGAAAUCGUCAGAUUGUAGUUUUCAUGGACAUAGUAAAGUAUUUGAAGCCUAAGUAUGUUUUAAUGGAAAAUGUGGUUGACAUAUUGAAAUUUGACAACGGUUCACUUGGAAGAUACGCAUUGAGUCGUUUGGUACAUAUGAAUUACCAAGCAAGAUUGGGAAUGGUUGCUGCUGGAUGUUAUGGUCUUCCACAAUUCCGGUUGCGUGUUUUCUUGUGGGGUACUCAUCCCAGUGAGGUUCUACCUCAAUUUCCAUUGCCGUCACAUGAUGUCAUUGUUAGCUAUUGGCCUCCAACAGAGUUUGAGCGCAAUACUGUUGCUUAUGAUGAAGGCCAACCUCGUGAACUUGAGAAAGCUAUUGUUCUUCAAGAUGCAAUCUCUGAUCUUCCUGCUGUGACAAACCACGAAACUUGUGAAGAAAUGCCAUACAGAAAUCCUCCAGAAACAGAAUUUCAGAGAUAUAUAAGGUCAACUAAAUAUGAGAUGACUGGGUCAACAUUGAAUGGAACAACAGAGGAAGGUUUACUACAUGAUCACCGACCCUAUAUUUUGGGGGAAGAUGACUACCUACGUGUUUGUCAAAUUCCAAAACGGAAGGGAGCAAAUUUCCGUGAUCUUCCGGGUUUAGUUGUAAUUGACAAUGUGGUUAGGCGGCAUCCAACUGAGAGUCCAACACUACUACCAUCUGGAAAGCCCUUGGUUCCAGAUUAUGCCUUUACUUUCGAACAAGGGAGAUCUAAGAGGCCAUUUGGACGGUUGUGGUGGGAUGAGACAGUUCCUACGGCACUGACCUUCCCAAGUUGCCAUAAUACGAAAAUACUACAUCCAGAGCAGGACCGAGUCCUAAGUAUACGAGAAUUUGCUAGGCUGCAGGGUUUUCCUGAUUAUUAUAGAUUUUGCGGGACUGUUAAACAGAGGUACCGGCAAAUUGGGAAUGCGGUUGCUGUUCCUGUUGGAAGGGCUUUAGGAUAUGCUCUUGGAAUGGCAUAUAUGAAGAAGCUCAGUGGAAAUGAGGCACUUAUGACCCUUCCUCCCAAGUUCUCUCUCUCCAAUUAUCUUCAGUUAUCAUCAAAGGAUCUACUCGGCAAAACUGACGCUGACUAGCAUUCAUCCUUCUGUAGUUCUGUUACUAUUCUUCUUCUUCAUUGAUCGGUUUCCCGUAAUUGAGCGGCAUGCUGCCAUUGCCAUUGAUAUUUAAAACUCCUUGCUCAGCAAUCUUUGUUUGUCUGAUGUAUCGGCAAAUUCACUUGAGUUGGCUACGUAGUAGAUUCUCAUUAAUUUUGCAUAGCUGAUGAGCUAUUUGUUAAGUAACUUUAUUCAGGAUGUAACCUGAGGUCAUUAAUAGUAACUUUUUCUUUUGUAGUAGUAAAAUAAAUCUAAUCUCAUGUAAGUAGACACGCGAUAAUAGAUUUGUGAGACAAAUCACGAGUGUUAUGUAUUUUAUCUACUCCCUUUUCAUUGGUAACCCGUAACCAGCACUUUUUAUUUUA